UCAAAGUAAAAAAAGAAGAAAUCUUUAUUCCUUGCGCCGAUUUCCCCCCUUCUUCCGUGCACUGUUCUUGGAUCUUCUUGUUUGGUUGGGUUCUUGGUGGUUUGGUGGGGGGUUGCUUGAUCUGGUGGGAUUCUUGAAAUUCACACGAUUCGAGCCCUUUCCUUGGGCGCCCAGCUUGGAUUUCGUCGGAUUUCUGGUCAGCGGGUUCGGGUUUGGUUUCCCGAUUCAAUCUUGUAGCUGCGAGGUUUUGCGUGCUGGGCUUGAAUUGCGCGGGGGUUUAGACGUUUAUGCCCGGAAUUUUGUGGUAUCUUCUAGGUGGACGGAUUUGAUAUGACAUCCAGAUCAGGACCUGUCCUGCAGUCUCUUUGUUAAUUGGAUUCCCGAUUGGUUUCGAGGGUAUUUGUGUCUCAAAUUCUGAUGGACUUUUGCUUCUAUCAUGUUUGGUCGGUCCCCUGAAUUUUAGCUGAUUUCUUAAAGUCUAUGGGCUUCUGAACGUAACACUCCACAUUUCAUAGAAGGCAGUGUACAGUUUUGUAAUAGUCUCAGAUGUUUGCAAUAGUCUGUCAUUUGAACCAUCUGAUUGGAGUCAUGAUUUCUGUUUAAGUUGCUCAAAUGUUUGUAAGUUUCAGCAUAGGUUGCUGUUGCUCUGCCCCAAUCAGGAUGCUGUCUGCUGUGUUCCUUUUGCUGUGAUGUGGUUUACAGAACCGGAGACAAAGAAUCCUGCUCAGGUGCUCAUUCUUUGGAUGAUUCAUUUUGGAUGCUCCGUGGAGGUAAAGAUGAUAAAUGUGGUAUUAGCAGUCCUUUGCUGUCAGUGAAUGCUUGCUGUGUAGGUGACAUCAAAAUAUGGUGUCACAGAAGAGGUUGGGCUAUGGAUCCCGUGGCCGCCAAAUUCCAGCUAUGCCACGUGUUCCAAACUCAGUUCGGGGAAAACGCACGACGAGAAGAAAGAAAAAUGAGAUGUGUGCAUUUGAUUUGCUUGCGAGCGUCGCCGGGACGCUAUUAACAGAUCAGGACAGUUCAUCUUAUGUUCCUAAUACUAGCGGAGCAGCAACAAGUUAUGCCAGAAAUAGGAAAUCAGUUAAAGAAGAAUACUUUGAUGAAAUUUUGCACCUGAAAAAUGUGGCUGUGAAGAAAGACUGUGGCAGUGGGUGUGUAGUGGGCUCAGGUGGUGUCUCUGCCUUACCUAGGAAAGGUAAUGACGGCCUGGCUGAAAACUCAUUGACAAGAAAUGAAGAUGAAUCAGUACUAAAGUCACUAACAGUGAAAUCAAAUAUGCUAGCUAGGGACUCAUCAGUUAGAUGUACAAGGCCAUGUGAAAUUAGUCGUGGUCUUGGCAUAAUUUGUGAGUAUGGAGCUUUUGGAGUAUUCCAUCCAGGAUCCUCAAGCUCAGCAGAGGCUGGACAAGCGCAUCAAGCUGAACCCAAAGUGAUCAGAAGCAAAGCAGACGGGCAUACUGCAGCCCUUGACAGCUUGUUUGACUCUGUGGAUCUGGAUGGCAGACCUCCUGCUUUGGUUAGUUCUGACAGUAGCUCAGGUGUGCUUUUGUGCAGCCAUGACAAGGAACAUAAAGCCGCUUCCUUGUGCCAGGUUGAAAUGCAGCAUACUGCAGAUAGAGAUGAUGACGAAAAUUCUUCUGGGUGCACACAUCCAAGCACCACAGGAAAUGAGGGUUACAAACCGCAUUUUCUAGGUAACCAUAGGAUCAGGAAAUUGCUUGCCUCAAAGGUAAGGAAGGCAGCACGUAAUAAGACUUCUGGAGGGAUGUCCAGCAAAGGCAGCAAGCUAAACUUCUGCGGGAAAAAGAUACCCACCACACGUCAAAAGGUGCAAAGGACAAAUUUCAAGAGGAAAAAGCUAGCGCGAGGUACAACGCCAUUUGCUAAAGGGAUGCUAACUGGAGCCACCGGGACAUCAUUCCGUAUGCAAGGUCAAAAUAAAUCAUGUGGAUCUGAGGACUACCAUGUUAAGCUAAGGAUCAAGUCAUUUAACAUCCCAGAAUUAUUUGUUGAGAUCCCUGAAACUGCAACAAUUGGUUCAUUGAAGAGAACCGUGAUGGAUGUUGUCACUAGUAUAAUGGAAGGUGGCCUACGUGUUGGUGUUCUUCUUCAAGGAAAGAGUAUCCAAGAUGACAGCAAGACACUACGUCAAGCUGGUAUAUGCCAUGGUGAAAAACUAAAUAACAUAGACUUCACACUGGAAUGUGAACGUCAGCAAGAUUCUCCCUCUGGAGUCAUAAUAGCAGAAGAGAUGGAUUUUGUCAGUGCAGAUAUUGUGGAACCAUUAGCUAGGAUGAAGUAUGAAGAGCCAUUUCCUGGAACUAAAGGCGGUGGGGGCAACCAGCAGCCUAUAAAGGCGUAUCCAAAUGACUCUUUCGCUGGUUGUGUUCAUCGUCCUGUUGAAAUGGCCUCACAAGAUGCAUCAGCAAGCUUGCAAGCCAUAAUCCCUGUUGCAGCUUCAGACUUGAACGCACUAGCCAUUGUGCCUAUUUGCAAGACCAGACGAUCUGAAUUUGGGCAAAGGCGUACAAGGAUGCCCUUCUCUGUUGGUGAGGUUGAGGCACUGGUGGAAGCUGUGGAACAGCUUGGGACCGGAAGGUGGAGAGAUGUUAAAAUGCACGCAUUUGACGGUGCUGAUCACAGGACAUAUGUUGACCUUAAGGACAAGUGGAAGACCCUGGUGCACACAGCAAGCAUAUCCCCACAACAGCGAAGAGGCGAGCCAGUUCCGCAAGAACUACUGGACCGUGUGCUCUCAGCGCAGGCCUACUGGUCCCAGCAGCAGGCAAAGCUUCAUGGCAAGGCUCCUCUUCCUGAGAUUUGCCUUGCCUAGAAAGAGGAAAUGCUCGUGUAAAAAUUGUGCCUAAUAAUAGAAAGGUAGAAGGGAUGUGCAAAGGAAACAGACUAAUUUGUGUGCUAUUGCAAACUUGUAACAUUGUUUUUUUCUUCUUCUUUCUUUGGUCUCUGUUGAAGCCAGAGGCUCUCUCCUCUGUGGAUCAAUAAGGGAGAGAACCUUGUUUGGUACUUGUAAAUGAUGCUGCAGACUAUUGCUGCCAUGUUCCAUAAGAAAACAUUGAGCAUAUAUAAUAACACUGUUGUCAUUGGGCA